AUGGCGUCUCCCACCGAACGAACUUCUCUGAAAAUUGAUAUGAUAGGAGACUUCUCAUAUCUAUUUGCCAAUGAGAUUAGUGAGCGCUUGACAACAGCGAUCCAAGACCGGGAAGAGGCCACUCCAGAACCAAUAUACGCAGAUCCCACAGUUAAGCCGUGCUAUCAAUUAAUUUGCGAGCAGAAGCGAGCCCAUUUCGAAAGUGCGGAAGCUGAGAAGAUCCGACAAUUAAUUUCCAAACGCGAGUACUGGGAACUAGAAGCGAAAUUCCUUAAAGCCGCCGCUGAACAAUGCCUGCAGAAGGUUAGGAACGAUCCGCUAGAAUAUUGGCGAACUUGUGCGAACGGGUGGGGAGCCCUGUUGAAAGGGAUUGGAAUUCCAUUGUCUGAAAUCUAUAAGAUCCGAAAGUCCAUUGAUGUGCCGUUUUAUUGGAAGUCCGAGUCAGAGCUCUUCGAAAGAGAGGCGAAGCGCCAAGAGAUGGAACUGAGAGAGCUAUGGAAGGCUCAAGCGCGACGCCAGGUGCGCCGAACGCAGCAGACAACGAAGACGCAACGGCCGCUUCGAAAUACGAAAUCGCGAGCAGCUGAUUACGACCCCGCCUCUCGACACUUUAUCGUUACCUGCUGGCUACAGCACCUCGAUCCUCCAACACUCUUCGAUAUGAUGCCAGACGUUACCGACACAUCUCUUGACUAUUCCGAUAUUGUGCUAUUCUUAGGGCACUUUACUCAGAUCGACAACGUCGUCGAACUGACCAAAAACGCGAGAUAUGUGUUUAAACCUCCUAUGAACGAACAUGGGCCGAACGCGGAUUGGCUAGGUGGUGGAUGCGUCAAGCGGCCUAAAACUCCUGUGCUUUACCUUGCAUUUGGCCAAAGUAUGUCCUCGCCAGACGGCUGGGUGUGUGGCUCGGCGACUGGGUCCGUGGAUAUUCAAUUAGCACCGGACAACACGACUGGCAUCAGCAAGCGCCACUUUCGAAUUGACAUCGAGCCUGCUACACAUCACCCAAGGGUGACUUGCCUAGGACAGAGUUUACAGGUUACGAUUGGCGAUCAUUCUAAGCCGACUCUUCUCACACGCGAUGACGCCAUAGAGAUUCCCACCUGGGCCACAUUCGAUCUUGGUGGUGUCGCGUUUCAAGCAUGGCGCCCUAAACUUCUGCCCACAGCUCUCCGAGCCUACAAAAAAAAGUCCUUGGAGUUCAGCCUAGGUUGCAUGAAUGACUUACCAACUUACUUCCCUGCCAUCGAGAAUGACCCGGAGACGAUAACCUCUAAUGUACGCUAUGGCAAAACAAGGGUCUAUGUGAAGCAGGACAUAGAAGCAAGAGGAGCAACAGCGUCAGUCAUGCUGGUCCUCGAUCGAGACACUGGAGAACAAUUUGCUGCUAAAGAGCCAUAUUAUAAGUCGUCAGACAACGAUGGGAUCCGGAGAAAGCGGUAUGAGGAACUAAAGAGGGAGUACGAGCAUAGCACCAGUUUUGACCACCCCCAUAUCGUGAGAGCUUAUGAAGUUGUGCGAGCGAAAGACCCUAGGCAUCCGCCAUGGCUCAUCUUGCCGUGGAUCCCCACUUGCCUCGAUCCUAAAAAACUGAGGGAACAAGACAUAAUCGUUUUUUCCACUCAGAUUCUCAGUGCAAUUGCAUUCUUACAUUCUAGGGACACGACACAUCGUGACCUGAAACCAGACAACAUUCUUAUGCAGGACGGCGACUUCAAGCUCGCAGAUUUCGGUACCACCUGCCGACAAGUACAGCCAAACAUGGAUACCUUCACUGGAUCGCCUCUGUACUUGGCCCCUGAAAUCCUAGAGCAACCGCGAAGCUAUACCAGUAAAGUGGACAUGUUUUCUUUUGGACUUGUGCUUCUGCAAUGCGUCUCUGAGUGGGAUCCCCUUUCAGAUUCCGAUGGCGCUGAUAGCGCUCUGGAUGCCUCCGCACGAGCCCGCUGGAUGCACAAAGUCAUUCUCCCACACAUUGAGGAAGCAUCGGAACGAUUUCGACCACUACUACGGGGUUUACUCCGAAAGCGGCCGGAAGAUAGAUGGUCUGCACUUUGGUCUUUAGCAUGGCUAUCUAGAAAUACCGAAAGCCUUGAGACUAAGGAAAAUCUAGAGCCGGAUCCACAAGAUCCGCAUACCAGUCCAAAGGGACGGACGGACUUUGACGAAGAAACAGUACGCGGCGGCAAGAGCAAGCGGCGAAUCUCCGCGUUAAGCAGCGGGGACUGUGAUUCCAUGAAUCUUCACCGAGCACCUUCUUGGCAGCCCAAGUCACCUGUGCUCGGAGAACCGCAAAAUAGUUCUCAUGGCGACAGCCCGGAUCCAACGGCAGAGUUGCCGUCCACCUUGCCAUGGGAACCAUACUCUCACGAACCAAUCCCACCGUCACCAUCAUGGGCACCAACACCAGCACGGGACGAGGGAGAGUUUCCCACAUUAGAGGAGACAGAGGAAUUUAUGGAUAUUAGCCAUGUAGAGUUUGCCGCGGACUGGAUUAAGGGCUGGAGUGAAGAAAAAUAA